UGAGCUGGAAAGGCGUCGCUAAGUGAGCUGCAACUUAACGCAGAGUUCAAGUGAAUUCAGGAAUAUAAACAUUUUAAACUGGAAUCAGACUGGAUUUACCAGCAUUGAUAGUGUAACCAGUUUAUCUGUAAUACAGAGCAGUCAUGUCUACUGCAGGAGACUUCGGGAACCCGUUACGGAAAUUUAAACUGGUGUUUCUUGGGGAGCAAAGUGUUGGGAAGACGUCACUGAUCACCAGAUUCAUGUAUGACAGCUUUGAUAAUACCUACCAGGCCACAAUAGGAAUUGAUUUUCUGUCGAAAACAAUGUACCUUGAGGACAGAACAAUCAGGCUCCAGCUAUGGGACACGGCGGGUCAGGAGCGUUUUCGUAGCCUCAUUCCCAGCUACAUCCGUGACUCAGCUGCUGCUGUCGUAGUGUACGACAUCACAAAUGUAAACUCCUUCCAGCAGACCACAAAGUGGAUUGAUGAUGUCAGAACGGAGAGAGGAGGUGACGUUAUCAUCAUGCUAGUGGGAAACAAGACAGAUCUUGCAGACAAAAGGCAAGUGUCUAUUGAAGAGGGUGAAAGAAAAGCCAAAGAGCUAAACGUCAUGUUUAUUGAGACUAGCGCUAAAGCUGGCUACAACGUAAAGCAGCUUUUCCGACGUGUGGCUGCUGCCCUGCCCGGCAUGGAGAGCACACAGGACAAGAGCAGAGAAGACAUGAUCGACGUAACGCUGCAAAGUCCUCCAGAACAGCCUGUGAGCGAAAGUGGCUGCUCCUGCUAAACCUCCUCCGUCUACAUUCUCCAUCUUUUGCUUUCUCUGUCCUGCAUUCUCCUUCUUUAUCUAUCCACAUUAUUUCUUUUUUUUAUUUUGGUCUUUCUCUUAUCUCAGCCUCAUUAUCAGUGCUCCUCCAAAUGCAGAAACCUGAUGAGCACUACUUCAUCCAUCAUCCUGAGCACUGUGCUUUCUGCUGACUCACUGAGCUGACCUUAAGCUUCCCGAGCACAAUGGGGACUGGAAAGGUGUCUCAUUUUAUUAUUUCCGUUAAGCUUCCAUGUUUUAAACACCUUACUUACCUUUUUCGUCUGAGUGCAGUUGAGAGCUAUGAUAUACAGUACUAUGUUGGCAUUGAUGACAGCCAGUGAAUUAAAAUUAAAGUUGAUGAUAAUAGAAAUGUACUCUUCAGACAUUUAGGUUAGGUAAAGUGGUAAUUGGAAGGGCUAUGACAUUAUGCCUUGCAUGCUAUGAGCAGUGCUAUAUUAUUGGGUAAUGCAGGCUGAAGCAGACUUUUCUGAUAAAGCAUGUUCUUAUAUAAGUGUAAAAUAAAUGUGUACAGAUUGGUGACAAUAUCCCGGUAGGCCUGUCACGAUUAUGAUAUUUUAUCUGACCAGACCUUAUUUUGAAAAAAAGAAUUUCGCAUAUCUGCCUACAUAUCAAAAUAAGGCUUUUCUUCGGCCAGGCUACGAAUUAUUAUACUGUAAUAAUGUAUACAGUUAAAAAUAAUUUCAGUUGGGGGCCGCUCAGGUUGCGCAGCUGUAAAAACACUCUGGCACACCAGAGCUGGGAUCUCGAAUACAUCGUAUCGAGUCUCAGCUCUGCCUGCCGGGUGGGCCGGGCCGAGCAGCCACAUGAACAAUGAUUGGCCUGUUGUUUAUAUAGGGGCGGGGCAUUAAGCCGGAUAGGAACUCUCUCAUAUCUGAUGCAACUAUGACCUCUGCUGGCUGGUUGAAGGCGCCUGCACAGAGGCGGGGAAAAGAGUGCGGAUCAGGGUGUGUCUGUCCGUACACAGAGCUGGUCCGCAGCUGAUCUGGUCUAGUGUAGGUGACAAAAUGCAUAUGGCUGCUGCACAUGUGUCGGAGGGGGUGUGGGUUAGCUUCGUUCUCCUCAACUCAGAGCCGGGGCCAGCAUUAGUGGAAAGGAAGCAUGACUCAAUCGGGCAAUUGGACGCGCUAAAAGUUGGAAGAAGAAGGGGAGAAAAUGCAUAAACUACAUCAGUUGUUCUGGGAUUCACAUUAUUUCUGCAUCUGUUAUUUUAGUGUGACUGAAUAGUUAAACAUUUUAUAUUAAAACUGUCACCAUAGACUGAAAGAAAAUUGUCCAGGUGGUCAAGAAUCAACUAAAAUAAAAUAGGCUGGCAAUGAAUUAGUAGAUGCUUAAACACAUAUAACACUGUCCACAGCCAAACAAGCUUAUAGUUACCAGAAGCAGUGUAAGAACAAAGCUCCUGCUAUUUCUUUGUCCGUGUAAUCAGCAGCAAACUUCUGUCGAGGUGUAAGGUGUGUAUUGUUUAGCAUGGUAACCUUUUUAGUUCAUGGUGAUGUUGAGCUUUCUUGAUUGUGGACAGCCACCUUGUUUCAUAUGAUGGAGUGACAUAAUGACCACUAAGGAAUUAAGAAGACAUGCUACAAAGAUGCUAUUUUUACACCAUUAAAACAACAGUCUAAUUUGCUGUAUGCAUAUUUUGACCUAGACAGGCCACAAUAAACUUAAAAAAUGAAAACAAACCAGGCGCUCAGCACGCAGGCACACCAGAGACUUUUUGAACUCGUCGGUUCGAAACUCGGCUCUACCAUCUGGCUGGGCUGGGAGCCUACACGAACAAUGAUUGGCUGUUGUUCAUACAGGGUGGGAGCCUGACAGGGAACUUUCCAGAGUUGAGGGAUGUGUUGAUCAGGGUGUGGCUCUCCGUACACAAAGCUGAGCCGUAUAUGCACUCACCUCUUGCAGGUGAAAAGAUGCAGUCGGCUACUGCACACGUGUCGGAGCUUUGCUCUCCUCAACCAGGGCGGGGAUCGGCUUGAUUAGAGAGGAAGCAUGAUGCAACUGAGUAAUUGGAAACGCUAAAAGUUGGGAGAAAAAAUGGGAGGAAAUGCAUAAGCAAAAAAUAUGAAAUAAAAACAAAGCAACCAAAAUAAUGAAGUGUGUUGCAAUCAUUCAGUCACAGAAAAUAAACAGUCGCAAAAAUAUUAGAAUACAGAGACUGCAAUGACAUGCCUGUCUCUUAUAACAGGACAUAGGAAGCCUAGUGGGUAGAGCUAUGGGCUCUGCUAAGCAUCCACUGUUGGGUCCUUGAGCAAGACCCUUAACCCUGUCUGCUCCAGGGGCACUGUAAGGUGGCUGACCCUGCACUCUGACCCCAGCUUCCAAACAAGCUGGGAUAUGCGAAGAAAGAAUUUCACUGUACUGUACACCUGUAUAUGUAUAUGACAAAUAAAGUAUAUCUUCUUCUUCUUCUAUAAGUGUGUUUAAACACAUGAUGUCUACUGUAUAAAAACAGCCAUUAAGAAAGAUAAACAACUUUUGGCUGCUCCCAUAUUAAGGGUCGCCACAGUGAAUGUGGUCCACAUGUUUUUCCUGAUGCAAAACUCUUAUUUUAACCCGGGCUUAAGACUGGCAUUGAGAGGGCACUGACCCCACCAACCCCUGGACAUUCUGUGCAGACACAGGAACGACUGAUAACCCUGCUAAGAUUCGGUCCCCAGAUCUCAGUGGUAGUGGGAUAGCGUUCUUUAAUGCUGCGCCACCCAAGAGCCGGAACAACUAAAAUAUAUUUACAUUUACAUUUUAUAUUUUUAGCAUUUAGCAGGCGCUUUUAUCCAAAGCGACUUACAAGACUGACGGUUUACAGUCUAAGCAAUUGUGAUGGGGCUUUACCCAGCGACCUUUCGAUUACUAGUCCAGUACCACUAGGCUACAACUACAAAUAUAUAAAAGCUAUUAAUAAAUACUCACAGAAGUCGUACAGUGUUAACUGUUCUUUACGAAUUCCAGCUAAUGCUGUACAACAGACAAAAAAAACAUGUGAUAAUGUCAUGAUUGUGACAGGCCAGUGUCCAGGUCCAGAUGUUUUCUGUAGAGUGUGAACAUUUUCAGUUUGGAUAAUACAAGCUCUGGCUGUUUUUAAACCAUGGCUGCCAUUUUUGAUCUCCUUUCCUUUUUUGAUCUGUGGUUUCUGUAUCACAGUGGAAUAAAAGUACGUUUAUUAGGGUUUGCAAAGUUAGGAAUUUUGUUUUAUAUAUUAGGGGAAGUAUCAUAGAUAAACCUGGUAUCAAUAUGCGGGCAUGCCUUUGAAAUGAUUUUAUAGUGCUUCCACUGGCAUUUGUUAGCGUUUUGUUUGAUUUAAUGUAAUAUUUACAGUUUUCCCUUUAUGUAUUGGUUUGGAGUCAGCUAUGUUGAUUUGUAAUAUUUAUUUGUAGUGAUUCAGCGCAUUUUUUUGCAUUUUAAUUAUGUGGUCAUUACACUUCAGCUUUUUCAACGUCUUUUAAGAAUGCAGCUCAAGAUACAGUGCAAUUCAUCAUUUGUUUUUCCGUUAUUGUUGACUGAUUUGCAGGAGAGUCCAUGUCUGUAUGCUGCACAGUCAUUGUUUUUGUCCCGAAUGGUUUUUAACUGUCACUGCUGUUUGUGCUGCUGUGUUGCUGUAAACAAAAGUUCAUAAUUUGCACUGCUAGAAUACGUCGUGUCUUAUUGAAAAAUCUAAUAAAGACCUUUAUUAAGUAAUGAAAAUGUG